AUGAACGCUGAUCUCAAGGAGGCUUUUUCUCGUAUUAAACCUAUUUGCGAUGUUAUUAUGGUAUGCCCAUCGCCUGAAAGCAUUGACGCCUUCAUUUCUCGUGUAUCAGACCUGAAGAAGAAAGUGGUUCAAGAACUCCAACAGUAUCUGUUGUUUCCACUCAUCACUCACUUGAAAUCAAGUCAAACUGAUAAGAAAAAUGACCUCCAAAGCCGUGUUGUGGAUGCGAUGGGAAUAGUAUUAGAUAAGGUGACUGUGAACAGCUUUGAGAUGUGCAUGAAAAUGGAGGUUGGCCUAUUACAGUUGGUGUUCGACCACACAAAACCAGGGAUGAUUGCUGAGAUCUCAGAGGAACUAAAGUUGAGUGUGAUGAAAACUCUAACACUUCUGCUGCUAAAUAUAGAACCUAAAUACAGGGAGGCCAUGUUGAAGUCACAUGUGCCCUUGUUGGGGAAGACGGUUUAUGUAGCUGUGCAUCUAGCCAAAAUGGAAAAACUUAAGUCAUUAAGAUUGGCCGCCAUAACGUGUGUGACAGCUCACACGGCGACCCACGCCCGCCUCACUCGCCACUACCACAUAACCAACGCAGCGAUAGAAAAGAGCGCGGUGGAGAUGCUGUCGCUCAUCCUGCCCGGCGUGCUCGGCGCGCUGCAGGAUGUCGCCACUUGCAAUGACAACCCCGGACAUCUGCUCGUAAUUACGUCCAUAGAUGCAAUGCAUCGAAUAUUAUGUCUGGCAAUGAACAAUAAAUUCAUGACGACAAAUACUGAUAUCAAAGUGUCAGAUUUUGCCAAAAUGAUCAAAGAGAAGGAGAACAGAGAAGUAAGCAGUAAGGAGCCGAUCGAUCCAAAGACGUUGCCUGCUAGAAGUCCAGAGUGGUUCGCCGUUGCUGGUGAAAAGUUACUACUGAUUACAAAAAGCUUGGUUUCUUUGAGGACACAUGAACACUUCAAAGUGAGAAAAGAAUUGGCUGUGUACUGUUCUAGGCUUCUGUUUGAGUGUAACAUUGCGAUGCACACAUCAGUGCCCCUAGCAAUAGACGCUCUCAUUUCCCUGAGCAAAGACGAGUAUCUCGAGGUGGCCGAGUUCUGCACGAACGCAAUCAACACAUACUUUACCAAAACCUCUGACGAUAACAAAUCUAAGAUGCUGGACGCGCUGUGUGAAAAUUUCUUUGCGACUGUAACGAGUCUGCCUAGAGUUAUGAACAAUAUUGAUUCGGCACGCAAGGAAUCUGCGCUGAACCUGGUGCACGGGUACAUGGUGGUGCUGACGCGCCAGCGGCCGCAGCGCCUCACGUGCGCGCUGAGCGUGGCGGCGCGCGCCCACGCGCUGUGCGCGGCGCUGGCGCAGGCCGCCGCCACGCACCCGCACCUCACCCUGCUCACGCACCACGCCCUCAGAGAUAUAAAUUCAACACCUCCUACGAACUCUCCAUGGUGCAAGCUGCGCCACUUAGACUCUGAGCAGUGCGUGCGGCGUUUCACAGAGAUCUGCUGCCAGCUGGGUGACGCAGAGUGCGCCGAAUUAGUGCUCGACACCCUGCUGGAGAUGUUCCACCAGACCAGGGACGCUGAACUGGUGUAUAUCAUGAACAACAUGUGUACAGCUUCUAAUUCAUCAGAGAAUCUGAUCAGACGUAUACUGAACACUUAUAUAGAAGAAGACGUGUGGUACUUACCUUUGGAAGUGAAUAUCGCUGAGCCGCCUCUCACCGAGGCAGACACGCUAGACGUCAGCGUGUACAACCCGCACUCUUGGACUAAGGAUAGCGUACCAGGUCUGUACGAAGGAGCGGUCGAAACUCGCUACACGGACAUCAGCUACGCCAAGCCGCGCGUGCGCCGGCCCGCCGCGCACGACGAGUGCGCCACGCUCUACGACGCGCAACGGAACAUGCUGCUGUCCUGCUUGCUCACCGAGGGGCUGGGCAUCAUGGCCACCAGGCUCAAGGGCAAAUACCAGCCCUACUUGCUGAAGACCUUGUGUUUGGUGCUCGAGAGAGUUGGUAGCAAAUACGAGAUGCUUCACCUGUCUGGACUGAAGGCUAUAUAUGCCAUCGCACAGGCCUGUGGUCAUUCCUCAGUCCCUGAGCUCAUCAACCACAACGCCGAUUAUUUCACAAACCAAGUCACUGUUAGACUGAAAAAGGCGUGGAAUUGCAAAUCGGCGUUACAGAUACUAUCAGUGGUGAUGGAGUACAGUGAUUCUAAUAUAUUAAACUAUCUUUACGGUAUUGUCCAAGAUGUUCUAGUCCAAAGUUGUGAUAAAUAUUAUGAAAAAGAUUUACAUGCUUAUUUACAAGUGUUUCUAACAUUUGUUGAAUGUAUACGAAAAUGGUAUAUGAUAGGUGAGCUUGAUCCUAGCGAGGGACAAGGCAACGAAUACUUAGAUCUGUUGAAAGAUACUAGGGAACAUAUAGAGAAAAAAGAACAGGAGGAACGGCUGCUCAGUGAUGCGGAAUUUGAGAAGGAGACUGGCAAGACUGUGGAGGAGAUGUACAGAGAAGAUCUCGAGCAAAGAGAAGAGGAUGAAUUGGAUUAUGAUGAUACCGUUGUGGAACCAUCCAUCCCCCACCCACAGUACGUCACCGUAACGGUUAUAAUCCUAAAAAGAUGCCUAAACUAUGUCGCAUCGUCAAAUCGAGACAACUGCAUACUGGCACUACAAGUGCUGAACACCGGGUUCCCGAUCCUGAGGCAGUAUGAGAAUGAGCUACUGCCGUUGGUGCACUUGACGUGGGCUCCUCUGGUGAGCAAGUUUCAAGCGGAACCCGCCAUUAUGAAGAGAGCGUUCGAUCUACUAGUCACUAUGGCAGAGUUGUCCAAGGAUUUUAUCCAGAACCGAGCAGUCAAGGAGGUGCUGCCGAGCAUGUGCGCGUUCCUGAGCGCUACGGCGCGCGAGAGCUACCGCAAGGACGUGGGCUCGUGGUACCGCGCCAGCGCCGCCUACAGCGCGCAGGUGGCGGCGCUGGCGGCGCUGGCGCGGCUCGCCCUGCGCCUGCGCCUGGCCGAGCGCGCGCUCUCCGCCGCCAUGGACGCCGUGCAGCCCUACCUCUCUGACAAACAACCUAAACCGCUACAGUUAUCAGCAGUGGAAUUCUUCAAAAUGAUGCUGGACUACGACUACGGCGCAGCGUGGUACCACCUGCGACAGCUCUGCAACAACGACCGAGUGCUGCAGCCCCCCGCCAUAGAGCACCUGCGCCUAGAGCCGGUCGUUGGCACCCCCUAUCUACCCACUGAUACGGAAUAUGAGAAUAACAUAAAAUUAAUUUUCACUUAUAUGGUCUCUUAA